CGCAAGGACACCGGCCGAUUCUCGCGCACCGCACCCAUAGUACGACGUAUACGAGAGACCCGAGAGUCCGACACCGAAUCGAAACGGCGUGAGCACGCAGCGCGAAGCAAGAGAGCAGACCAGCCACCAGAGCAGCAGCAGUCGUCGUGGUAGUCGUCCUGGUGCUUGGCGUGCGCGUUCCCCGGAGUGUGAGCUGUGUGUGCGUGUGUGGUGCGAUCGCGAGAGAAGGGUGAUCCGCAGCAGCAAACCAGCAGCAACCAGCAGCAGCAGGUCGUGCGUGCGUGCGUGCCGACGACGACGACGAGGGGCCACGGGGUGGAAGUGUGUGCAGCAGCGCGGCGCAGGCAGCGAACAACGGCGGAGGAGCACCUCUAUGCGCCACACCGACGACGAGAUCCACAGCCGAGUCAGGUGGUGAGAGACACCCUCACGGCUCCGAUGUCAUUCGUUAGCCUCCGGCCGCUGCGUGAUUUCCUUGGGUAGGGAAUCGCCCCACGCACGAGGAUUGCCAGCCGCUGGGAUAACAAGAUUGCUGGCGAACGAGGAGCGCUCGUCGUAGUUGUUAGCCGAUUAGCAGCGCCGCUGGUAGCUAGCUGAUAGUGUUUUGUUUAUUUCAUCAUCGAAACGAAGUGUUUAGCGAGUCGGGCACAUCAGUAUGAACGAAUUGGAUUCACUUAGACAAGAAGCGGAAACACUCAAAAAUGCUAUCAGAGAUGCACGAAAAGCAGCGUGCGACACAUCGCUGGUGCAGGCGACGUCGACGCUCGACGCCAUCGGACGCGUGCAGAUGCGCACGCGGCGCACGCUGCGCGGCCACCUGGCCAAGAUCUACGCGAUGCACUGGGGCAGCGACUCGCGCAACCUGGUGUCGGCGUCGCAGGACGGCAAGCUGAUCGUGUGGGACAGCCACACCACGAACAAGGUGCACGCCAUCCCGCUGCGCUCGUCGUGGGUGAUGACGUGCGCGUACGCGCCCUCCGGCAAUUUUGUCGCGUGCGGCGGCCUGGACAACAUCUGCUCCAUCUACAGUCUGAAGACGCGCGAGGGCAAUGUGCGCGUGUCGCGCGAGCUGCCCGGCCACACCGGCUACCUCUCCUGCUGCCGCUUCAUCGACGAUAAUCAGAUCGUCACCAGCUCGGGUGAUAUGAGCUGCGCGCUCUGGGACAUCGAGACCGGCCAGCAGACGACGUCCUUCCUCGGCCACACCGGCGACGUGAUGUCGCUGUCGCUCUCGCCCGACUUUCGCACGUUCGUCUCGGGCGCGUGCGACGCCUCCGCCAAGUUGUGGGAUGUGCGCGAGGGGCUCUGCAAGCAGACGUUCCCUGGACAUGAGUCGGACAUAAAUGCCGUCACGUUUUUCCCGAACGGCUAUGCCUUCGCAACGGGCAGCGACGACGCGACGUGUCGUCUCUUCGACGUGCGCGCCGAUCAGGAGCUGGCGAUGUACAGCCACGACAACAUCAUCUGCGGCAUCACCAGCGUCGCGUUCAGCAAGUCCGGCCGCCUUCUGCUCGCCGGCUACGACGACUUUAACUGCAAUGUUUGGGAUUCCAUGAAAACCGAACGAGCAGGUAUUCUCGCUGGUCACGACAAUCGAGUGAGUUGUCUGGGCGUCACCGACAACGGCAUGGCGGUCGGCACCGGCUCGUGGGACAGCUUCCUGCGCAUCUGGAACUAAGCGGGUCACACAAACGCCCCCAUUCACCGCACACCACCUCCACUCCACUCCCCCCCAACAAAAGCAGCAGCACACACCCUCCGCCGCCGCCGCACACCGAGAUUCGACAUUUUUCUAGGCGCGCUGAUAGUAGGCAAAAUCAACCACCGGGCAGGAUUAAUUAAGGCUAUACAGAGAUAACAGACAGACAGACACGUAAGAUUCAGAUGCUGGAACAGGCGGGACAGGAUACACGGAGGAGAUAAUAUAAAAAAGAGGAGAGGAGGAGGAAACAAAAACUAUUAAGAUACCAAAAAUAUUAUUAAAAAUACGACAACCGACCGACAGACAGCAGCACAAUGCGCGCGCGCUUGCGCAAUGCAAUGCAAAGCAAAGCGAAACACAAAACAAACUACAGACGAAAAUUGAUCGGUUGUCAUCAUCGUGUUCUUCUCUUGAGUUAUGUUUACCCCCACUCCACCACCCUACAAACCCGAGAAAAACACCAAAAGCUGGUUUUUAAUUGUUUUGUUUUUUUUAUAGGUUUUUUUUUUGUGUGUGUAUGUGAAGUGUUUGAUUUCGUUUUUAAUCUUUUUAGUUUUUACCGAGAAACGAGUUACAAGGAAACGAUUGCUAGCAUUUUGUGUCGUCGUUGUCGUUAUCAUUUACUAUAUUCGUGUCGUCGUCGUUACUGUUUUAUAAUCUUAAACAACGUUCAGAGAAUGAAAAUGAAAAGAAAUUGAAGUCUAACCUAUAGAGGAGUUAGGUGAUUAUGAAUUUGCUAUCUUAUCCCAUCAAUAAGUAAUAGCUUUAUAUUUAUAAGUCGUUUUUAGUCGUUAUUAUACUAUUAUUAUUAUGAUUUUAAUUUAUGAUGAGCGCGCUCACCGAAAGCAUUUUCAUGCGAGCAUGCGAACACACAAAAUACAUACAUACACAUUAUACACGUGCCAUAUGCGCACGCACACUUAUUCUCGCUUUUAUUUCCGUGAAUGUUCCGCGCGCGCGCGUUUGUCACACGAGCGCCAUCUUGCGAUGGAAAAACAGUCGAGCAUUUAUUUGAACUGCUAUUAUUAUCCGAGAUUUCAUGCGAAAAGUGGAAAAUAACCAAUAAAAACUACAUAAAUGUCUUAAUUAA